AUGGACGAGACAGACACAGAGAUAGAUGAUCUUGAAUUUGAAGAAAGUAGUACUACUAGAUGGUGGCCAUCAACCAUGGGAGAAGUUCGUGUGGACUUGCCUGCUGUUGAUCCCUUUGCCCAAUAUUCUAAUUACUUUGUUCCUGUCGUCCUAAAUCCAACGCCGCUGGCCCCCUCCCGCGAUCCGCCCCAAGGCGACGUUCUCUCCGGUUUCAAGACACGUCGCAUUGACGAUAAGGAUCAACAUGAAGAAGAGGUUUGUAGCAUAUGUCUCGACAAUCUGUACAGUGGAUCGGCGACGGUGACUGUUUUGGACUGCCAACACGAGUUUCACCCGGACUGCAUAAGGCGGUGGCUCGUCGACGGCCAGAACUUCUGCCCUCUCUGCAAAGCUCCGGCGAUCAAGUGA